AUGUCACGGACCCCUUUCCGGACGGUUGCCCCAGCCAUAUCACCCGAGCAUGGGCACAGUUUCAUAUCUUCCUCCUCAUCCGACCCAAGGCAAAGAAAGAAGGAAAGCGUCGCGUGCUUUGCUUGCAAGCGGCGACGGUCCAAGUGUGAUGCCGGCAUUCCGUGCAUCUCCUGUAUUUCGCACAACACCGAAUGUGUCAAGGACCAAAAUGAUGACGGCCGACGCAAACUUGCGGUUAAGCGCAAGAUUGAUGUUCUGGAGUGGGAUCGCCACCUACUGGACGAGUUGCUGACCGCCAUCCGCACUGCUACGCCAGACCAGCUGGAUACGCUACUCAGUCUAAUACGGGACAACGCGACGCGACAGGACUUGCACUCUCACAUCCAAGCUCAACUUCAUGAUCACCAUGAUUCCUCUACACCUGAUAGCGACUACCGGCAUAAGGUCCGAUCCACACGUCGCCGUAUGAUGGGUCGAAUUCAAGAUGUUGUCAACCCCCCAAUAUCUGUGCCCGCCAAACCAUGGACAACUGUUACCGAUGAUGAUGAUUUUGUCUCGCACCUCAUGUCAUUAUGGUGUACAUGGGCUCAUCCCUGGUGGCACUGGGUGGAUGAGGAGGUUUUCCUGGAAGCCAUGCGGUCCGUGACACUACAAGUCUUAUUUCUACUUGACACUCUUGCAGAAGACGGCUCGGAGCCCAACGAAUGGAUCCGAAAACAAUUCUACAACGAAGCCAAGAGAGGACUCGAUGCUCAGAAUGGUCACUCUUCAAUGGCGUACGUGGCAACCCUGGGAGUCCAAUGGACCUACCUCAACACCAAUGGUCAAGAUCAGCUCGGUAACGCUGUCCUUCAUGAACAGAUUUACCGUGCAAAAGGCCUUGAAAAGUGGCGGCGGAACCUUCAUCGGAAUGGCGAUAUGUCCCCAGAGUAUCUCAGCAAGAUUGAUCGGUCUCUUGACAGACUUUCGUGGAGCUUGUACACGCUUCACUCGUUGACUUUGAUGAGCUUGGAAAGAACCGAGCUUACAAAGGUGCCGACUCGACCAAAGCCUCCCUCGGAUCACCAUAAGAAGAACCAUGAUGGAUGGAUGCCAUAUCCACAACCUCACAAUCCCGUCACCUUUCACCAUAACUGCCAUUAUCUUGCCUUUGUCUCACUAAUCGAGGAAGCGGCGCGGGUGGAGGCACUGUUCGUGAAACAGGCUCGUGAUGAUUCAUCCAUGAUCAUGGCAGAACUCGAGAACGUCUGUCGGCAAUUGGGCGAUUGGCCACACACUCUUCCUGAAUGCUUGAAGAUGCAUGAGAAAUCAAUGCCUCAUGUGAUUGCCUUGCACGCGCUACAUCGUUGGGUCGUUGUAAUGAUGGCCAAACAGAUAGCCGCGCUCGAGGCUGGCAAACUGAAGGAGCCUUCUUUGGUGGAAACACCGCAGAAAGACAAAAGAAGUCCGUGGAAGGAGAUAUCCAUUACAAGUUGCAUCGAAAUCGGGGAACUCCUCGAACAGAUCCGACUGAACUGGGGCGCGGACCAUUUCCCUGUCAUCAUCAUGCAACCUAUCGCCACCGCGGUGUUUCCACUUCUCGAAGGCCUUAACGACCGACCCGACUCGCAAGACGCACUUUUCAAGCUAUGCAUAACCGUCCGUGCGGCAAGCCGCAGGUUCCGUGUUGGGAAAGGAGUCCUUCUUCUCCUCCAUCAGACUGCAAAGCAAAGGAAUAUUGUCCUACCGGAGAAUUGUCAACAGUUGUUGGCUGAUUUUUCUGCCCGAAUGGACUUUCAGCGAACUGUGAAUGGCAUUUCCGAUAUCGGUAUGGAAUACUUGCUGGAAAAGUGGGAGGAUCUGGAUCUUCACGAGGUAUAG